UGUGCACGUCUGUGCAUGUGCUCUGCGGCCACUGUAUUCUCUGCAUUAUGUGGGAGGUGCAUAAACACUGUACGUGUGUGUGCAUGUCUGCUGGGUGCACAUGUGCAUGCUCUGCGCGCGCUGUCUGGGUUGGCGGGUGGUGCAGGUCGUGGGCCGGCUGCCGGGGGAAAAGCCGAGCUCCCGGCGGCGGCAGCAGGCGUGGGGCUGGCUGCAGGCUGGCGGAAGUGUUUGUCGGCAGCAGUGGGCAGCAGAGCUCCGCGGGCUUUGUGUUGGUUUCCUCUCGCUCACGCGCCCAGGGAGCGGGGAAGAUGGCAGGGCCCCGGGACCAGCUGUCAGCCGCCGGGGACCAGCUCCACAGCGAGCGCCCUUGACGCUGGAAGAUGCGAUUGCAAGGGCCGCGGGGGGAGAGCAGCCCCGGCGCAGCAGGGAGCCCCAGCCCCACGUCGUGCAGCCGAUGCGGCAGCCUCCGCGCUUCCCUGGCGUUCACCGCGUUCGGGGGGGUCCGACAUUAACCACCCGGCCGCAGCUCGCCGAGCCGGACGCGCAGACCGGCUUCCCCGGGGACGCACCGAGCGAGUCCCCUCAACUGCAGGGAAGAUGAGCGAACAGAGUAUUUGCCAAGCCCGGGCUUCAGUUAUGGUCUAUGAUGAUACCAGUAAGAAAUGGGUGCCAAUAAAGCCAGGACAGCAGGGAUUCAGCAGAAUCAACAUAUACCACAACACUGCCAGUAACACCUUUAGAGUAGUUGGAGUUAAACUACAAGAUCAACAAGUAGUGAUUAAUUAUUCAAUUGUGAAAGGACUGAAGUACAAUCAAGCAACACCUACCUUUCAUCAGUGGCGCGAUGCACGGCAAGUCUACGGCUUGAACUUCGCAAGCAAGGAAGAGGCUACCACAUUCUCCAAUGCAAUGUUGUUUGCGCUGAAUAUCAUGAAUUCACAGGAUGGAGGUCCAACUAUCCAGCGCCAGGUUCAGAAUGGACCCUCUCCGGAUGAAAUGGAAGUGCAGCGAAGGCAAGUGAUGGAGCAGCAGCAGCAACAGCGCCAGGAAUCUCUGGAAAGAAGAACCUCUACCACAGGUCCCAUUCUUCCACCUGGUCAUCCCUCUGCUGCCACAAUCCCUGCUUCGUCCAGUGGGCCCCCACCUCCGCCACCCCCGCCAGUACCUCCUCCGCCUACAGGAGCAGCGCCACCUCCCCCACCUCCACUGCCGGCAGGUGGAGGACACGGGGGUAGCACUGACGAUGGGUCAAUGUCAGGACUAGCAGCAGCCCUGGCUGGUGCCAAACUCAGGAGAGUACAACGGCCAGAAGAUGGUUCCGGAGGCUCCAGCCCCAGUGGGGCCUCUAAGAGCGAUGCCAAUCGAACAAGUAGUGGAGGAGGAGGAGGAGGACUAAUGGAAGAAAUGAAUAAAUUACUGGCAAAAAGGAGGAAAGCAGCGUCACAGUCAGACAAGCCAGCUGACAAAAAGGAAGAGGAAAGCCAAAACGAAGAUGCUAGCACCUCACCUUCACCAGUCACACGAGGCCCUAGCCAGCAGCUGAAUUCUUCAGACCCUGGGAAGAAGCCAUGGGAAAGAAGCAAUUCUGUUGAAAAGCCUGUAUCUUCAUUACUCUCUAGAAAUCCAUCAGUGAAGAGUCUUGAAGCUAAGAGUCCCAUACAAUCCCAACUACCUUCUAAGAUGAAGCCCGUGAGCAGCAGCAAUGAUGUGGCUAUGGAUGCCUUAGAUUUUGAUCGAAUGAAACAAGAAAUAUUGGAGGAAGUUGUAAGAGAGUUACACAAAGUGAAAGAAGAGAUCAUUGAUGCCAUAAGGCAGGAGUUGAGUAGAAUCAGUACAACAUAAUGACUGCACAGCAUCUGCGAGGUACUAAGGAUGCUAGGAAGAUUGGAUCAUUUCUAAGUGUACCAAAGUCAUGCAAGAUGAUGAAAGAGGACACCUGCACUGUCUUUAUUCUUAAACCCUUUUUAUUAGCAGACUGAGCACACUUUGAAGCUUGCUGCUGCCUUGGAUUUGCUUCAUUUUAAAAGUCUUAAUCUAAAGAAAAUAUUAAAUUUUAAAUUUCUGGAUUUUUUAGAUUUCAUCUGACAUGGCACAUCAGAUUUGUCAUCCUUUUUUUGUAUUUUGUAUUUGCUUAUUUAAAUGUAUUAUGUUUCUUUUUAGUAGUAGGUAAGAAAACGUGAACCAUUUGCUUUUAAUAGAUGACUUCAAAGUAAUUUUACUGGUAGUCUGCAAUGUAAAUGAAGACCCUUUGCCAACAGAAACGUAUUGUGGCAUCACCAGAAGAAACAGAGACAUGUUAGUUGUCAGAUGACAAGGUCUUUGACUCAGUUAUCACAAUAUUAAAACGGUACGUCAGUGCACCACAGUAUCUAUGUUCAUAUUGGUAAUAAACUGUUUAUUGUCCA